AUGAAGGAGUAUGGGGAGUUUCAUUGGAACGCUGAGAAGGUGAAUCUUCAGUGGCUUCUUGCCUAUUUGAGGAAUGUGCAGUUCAACAGCAGUGCUGGAGAGGAAGCCUCCUUCUCAGAAAAUGGCCUGGUGUCUCCUCAUUAUGAUCUUCUCAACUGGAUUUUCCUCCCCAAUCAGUCUUUUGUCCCCAUGAAAGUUGGGCAACUACAUCCCAGGGCUCCUACAGGCCAGGAUUUAAUCAUCAACUCUCAGGCAAUCACCUGGGCCAGAAAGAAGGUGCCCUAUGGCAGGUGUACCAUGAAGAGGUGCCAUGCAGGAGAGAGGAAGAGCGUUCCAGAAGGCAAGGAGGUUUGCUGCUACCACUGUGCCCCUUGCCCAGAAGGGACCUUUUCUGAUCAGACAGAAGCAGAUCAAUGUGACCACUGCCCGGAAGACAUGUAUCCCAACAAACACAAGGACCACUGCAUUGCCAAGAAGAUCCACUUCCUCUCUAAUCAAGACACCCUGGGAUACACUUUAGUUUCUCUCACUCUUUCUCUCUCUGUGAUCACAAUGGCAGUUCUGGCAAUUUUCCGGAUGCAUCAUGAUACACCAAUUGUCAAGGCCAACAACCAAAAUCUCACCUACCUCCUCCUGGUCUCCCUCCUGCUCUGCUUCCUCUGCUCCUUCCUCUUCAUUGGUCGACCCAGGAAGCUCACCUGUCUCUUCCGACAAUCUGCCUUUGCCAUUCUCUUUUCCCUUGCAGUAUCUUCUGUGUUGGCAAAAACUGUCAUGGUGGUUCUGGCCUUCAUGGCCACCAAACCAGGGAAUAAGUCAAGAAAGCUCUUAGGGAAACCACUGACCAACUCCAUUGUCUUAGCCUGUCCCCUGAUCCAAGCAAUUCUUUGUGCCACCUGGCUGGCAAAGUCACCCCCAUUUCCCAACAUGGACUUCCACUCUUUGGUAGGAGAGGUCAUCUUGGAAUGUAAUGAAGGCUCAGCUUCAAUGUUUUAUGCUGUCCUUGCCUACCUGGGUUUCCUGCCCCUUGUGAGUUUUAUCAUGGCCUUUCUGGCUAGGAAAUUGCCUGACAGCUUUAAUGAAGCCAAGUUCAUUACUUUCAGCAUGCUGGUCUUUUGCAGUGUUUGGAUCACCUUCCUCCCCACCUACCUGAGCACUAAAGGGAAGUCCAUGGUAGCUGUGGAGAUCUUCUCCAUCUUGGCCUCUGGGGCUGGUCUCUUGGCUUGCAUCUUUUUUCCCAAAUGUUACAUUAUCCUACUUAGGCCCCAUCUUAAUUGUAGGGAAAGCAUUAUACGAAAGAAGAACACUUAA